GCUGUUGUUGCAGCCAUUUUACCGUGGAGCGUCGGCAGGCACAGCGACCACCGGAGGAUGCCGAGGGAGCACCGUUAAAAGGACCAAUUUGGGAGAAAAGGCAAAAGCCCCCCGGACAACAUAGCCCCUGGGAUCCCUGGGACACACAAACCCCUCCACCACGAUAAGGUAGCGAUUCACGGAGAGGGUUUAAGAAUUCAAGUCAUGGCUUAUGAGGCACAAUGUUCCACGGUCGGCCGGCCAUUGGCGUUUGCUAAUGAAGAGCGGAGGGCUGUUCAUUCCUGGUCCCGGAUCUCGUCAGCAGGACAUAAUGUUCUCCUAGAUGCUUUGAAGAUUCUCAGCCCAAUGUCCCGUGACCUUUCAAGCACUGAGGAGCUUGUCGCCUUCCUGCAGGAGCUAAGUGAGGAGGGUCACAAGCCCACUGUGCUUCGCAGCAAGGAUGUGUAUGACUACCGGUCGUGCACAAGCCAACCCCUGACUGAGGACAUGCUGAGACCACCAAACAGGAAUGUCAAACCCACAGCUAAGAGGCGGAGGAGAAGGCCUCUGACCAAGAAGAGGGAAGUUCACCCAUCCUGGAACACCUCUGAGAGGAGCAACCCCAGGAUUCAAGGCAUUCGCCCUCCAGAACCAUUGGUGGACCAUCGCAUCAUCGUUUGUAGCAGGACACCCAGUCGGAUUGUGGCAAAUUCAAAUGUGGACAUGCAGCCGUGCCUCAGACUGACCAGUAUUGAAGGUCUAUCUGGCUUCCACACAGCCAGACUCCAGAUCCACACUACUCCACACUCAUCCUCUGAGGUGGCCUCUAGUGGCUUUUUACAGCAACAGUACCCGCCAGCGAUUUCAGGAAUACCUUCUCAGCCUUCUCAGAACGGUGGCGGGGCACCCACCAAAGCUGUGGCCUUGUUCAGCCAGAAGACUCUGUCCUGCCCUAUCCGACUAGAUGGUGCUCUAAUUGGAGACUCUGCACCGGUUUUGUAUGCUAAUGGUCGGGCGUUCCCACAGACUGACACAGAGCUGACCAGCAACGGCUGGAGGAGCAAUGGGCUCCAUAGAGACGUUCAUGGCCCCAAGGAUCUGAACAACCCAACCCGGCAGAGAAAUAGUUGGAAGGACAAGAAAAGUUUUAGAGGGAAAGUGAUAAAGGUAGAUGACUCUCGGUCUGUGGAAGAGGCCUGCAGAAAAGCGCAGAAGAUUCUACAGGUCAACCUCUCCCCAGUGAUUCAGAUCCAACCUCUCAACCAUGUGCUGAGAGGCUUCAGAUACCAGAACAAGUGACAAUUCCUGUUUCUUUUAGCAGAUUUUAGUGUUUUACAGUAGCCUCCACCGGGAGGUAUCCGGUGUUGAAGAUGGACAAGAUGUUGGUCUGUUUGUGGAACUGCUGGUUCCUGAUGGAGACAUCUGGCAUUUAAAGGCAUUUGAAGUUAGGUGGUGUUUUCCUAGCAGGCUGGGAAAUGACUAUUGGCAAAUGCUGGUACAUUUUCACUGUUGAUGGUUGUUUAUGCUACGCAACACUUCAACCAAACAUCCUUCUUUGCUUUGAGUUGUUUGGGACAUAAGUGAGCUUGUACCAGAAUCAGCACCUUUAACGAUGUGUUGGGUGUAGAGUAUUUAAACUCAUUUGAAGUAGAGCGCCAUUUUUUUUUUUUUUUUUUUUUUUUAUAAAGGUUGUUUCGUCUUUCUUUUUUGUUUCCAACUUGCUAUGUCACGCUGCAACACCACUUGAAAGAAGGAAAAAAGUGAAGCUAGUGCUGGGACAACCACCGCUGUUUAAUUUCUAUAAAUAAACUAAAUUAAAGGAGGGGAAUUGUCUUCCUUCUGUGAAGUUUUUGUUUCUGCUGGAAAUCAGGAAGUCGUUCUGUGCAUGAGUACAGCAUUGAACCAAACAUUUAAAACUGGAGUCCAUCACAAAGUGUUCCUUAGGUUUAGAGAAUCAGUAAACAAAAAUAAAAUGACCAUUAAAUCUUUAAAUAAUCUUAAAAUGACAAAAUAUGAAUUGGUGGAAGAAAAUGAGUAUGGAAGAGUUCUCAGGUCUUGUUAUCAGUCUUUUUGAAGGUUCAAAGUUUAUUCUAGCUUUGCAUGGUUCACAGUUCAAAAUAAUAAAAAUAAUAGUUAUUUAUUACACUGAGCAUUUGUGCAUCUGAAACCAGCCGGUUUAGCUAGAUGGUUUGUAAGCCAUCUUUCUUCUGAUUGGCUGCCCUUAACAUAGUUGGCAAAACUAUUACCCACUCACAUCUAACUUACUGUGAUAACAGCCAAAGCUGGGUUGGAGAUGGCCAUAUAAGGACAUCCUCUCUCACUUACAUCACACAAAGCCAAGAGUAGAAUCAUCUUGGUGCACUGGGAUUAAAUAAAGGGAUUUUUUUUUUUUGAAUGUUUGAUCAGGUUAAAUUGAGCAUGUAAUGGUGUAUACCUAUGAUAGCAAAUGAGGAAAAGCAUAAUAAUUCCACGGAUUUCUGAGACUAAAAAAAAGCUUAAAUCUCAAUAAUUUCUCAUGUUUUCUAAAUUUAAAACCCAGGUUAUACAACUUGAUUUAUAAUUUGUAAUUAAUAAUUUCAUUUCCUCUACUUCAUAGUGCGUGGCUCUGGUUUAUACCCAUGAGUUAAAACUAUUUCACAUGAGGGGAAAAAAAGAAGAAAUAUCCAAUGCAUGUACUCAGGAUCAGCUGCUGCUCAAGUUUCCUGUUUUCCAGUACCUAACAGGCAGAAAACAGAGAGGAGUCCUGAUGGAACACAUUUGUUUGGCUGAGUUGGAGACAUUUGUGGUGGAAUCUGUUUACUUUAGUGGCAGGGCAGUUUGUUUCCUGUCCAGCGUCACAACAAAGUUUGAUCUACUACCAGAACUCAUUUGUUCUGUAUUUUGUUGAGCUGAAUUUGCCCAAUUAAUGAUUUUUUUUUUUUUUUUUUUUUUAACUUCCCAGCUUUGAUUUGAGUGAUGUCGCCCACCUUCUGACUAAACAAAAUGCACUUUGACAGUGUGCCAGUGUUUUACUGUCACCUGUUCCUGACAUGGAAGUCUUUAAUGUUCUUUUCCGCUGCUUCAUUUAGAAGAUAUCUGAAAAUCUGAUUUCUUUUAACUCCACACUGGUUUCCUCUACAGGUGCUAAUCUUCCAAAGGUGGUGCUGAACAAAAAGAUUAGCGCAACAUAGUUUCUCUUCUUCUUAGUCAACUUGAUGCAUUUAAGAGCAGGAACUUCCUGUUGAGGGAUUGAUAGUUCGUCUGCCGGUUGGGAUGAGCACGCCAAACCGCCUUUUGUGCUUUCCAAAGGGUUUCUACUGUGAGCAAGUAAGGAAUCUGUUUUCAUGUUAGUUGUGACAAACAUCUGUAUUUCCCUCCAGAAAUCCACAUUCCACUAGACAAAUAUUGUUGCGUGCCAACUUUCAGAAAAAUCAGUUUGAUAUACAUAAAAGAUCUUAAAGUCAGUCUCCAUAGAUUUUCUGAAGCUUUUAGUGAACGCAAGACCAUUAAAUGAAGCUCUAAAUCCAGAAAAUGGAACUUAAAUUCCACUGUCUGCCUGUACAAUCCCAAGAAAAAAGACAAAUUUAAUCUCCAGCUCAGUAAAUAAUGCCAGUCUUUGGAUUUCCAAAACACUGAUGUUCAAAUGCUGUUUUCUUAUGUGGGAUCUGUAGCAGAAAGAACACAUUAAAUUUGAUGAUUGAUCUAGAAAUUUGUAAUUUAGGUUACGAAGUAAGAUUGAUGAAUUGGAAACAUCCCCACAUUGUUUGAACUGAGACCACAUCUGCUGUUUGGCGUCUGUCUUUACAGAUUACCCACAUCUGUCCUGGUGAACUUUUUUUUCUGGGAGUCUCAGUUUUGUUGUACCCCCUUGCAAUUGGUCUGUCUUGCUCAUGCCCUUUUCUAGAUCUGCUUUCUGUUAGUCUUGUUUGUGCAACACUUGUAUAAUAUUGUAUUUCCUACAUGAACUUUGAAAAAUGUUUUUGUUCAAUAAAACUGAUCUAAAAUGUA